AUGCUCUGCCUAAUGAAUCUCAGUGUUGUUCUCUCUUCUAUGGUCCUCCUCGUUGUCCAGUCCAGUCAUGGUGCUGAGAUUAUUGGAGGUCAACAAGUGUCUCCUCACUCAAUGCCUUUCAUGGCUCUGCUGGUGGGAAAGAAAUCAAUGUGUGGAGGGACGCUGAUCAGUCCAGAUUGGGUCCUGACUGCUGCCCACUGCACUGGUAUGAAGACAGUCUUUCUGGGGAUGCACUCCAUAAAAUCCACAAAAAAGGAGAAGAAUGUGAGGCAGGUCUUGGAGGUGAAGAGUUGGUUUCCUCAUCCUGACUAUGAUAAGACUACCAAAGCCAAUGACCUUAUGCUGCUCAAGCUCAGCAAAUCGGCAAAGAAAACCAAAACUGUAGGAUGGCUUACUUUGGGUAAAACCAUCAAAGACCCACAAGGUGGCUCCAACUGCAGGGUGGCUGGAUGGGGGACGACAAAGGAGAAGGCCAAAAAAAAUUCUGAUGUCCUGAUGGCUGUCACUGUGACUGUGAUGGACAGAGUGAAGUGCAACUCUCCUGACCAUUACAACUCUGUCAUCACUGAGGACAUGAUAUGUGCUGGUUAUGUUGGUAAUAAACCUGCUGAUACCUGCCAGGGUGAUUCAGGUGGACCACUGUUGUGCAAUGGAGCACUUGUUGGAGUCACUUCUUUUGGAAGGGGUUGUGGCCAUAAGAAAUUUCCUGGAGUUUAUGCUUUCCUGUCAAAGGGACAACUCGACUGGAUCAAAAAAACAAUGAAGAAGCCUAAAAUAUAA